AUGGCGGUCUUUCCGUUGUUCCGGCUCAUCCAAAUCUUCGUUCUACUAACACUCCUGUUCGCCGUUCUUUUCGUGGCCCCCAUUUGCACUCCUUUGGUGCCUUUUGAGUCCUGCUCCAAUACCACUAACACUUCGGUGGUGAAGCCGUUGGAUGUUCUUCCGAAGACCGAGAAUUCUUCUUCGGCCAGUCUUGAGGAUGAGACCAAAUUUGUGAAGCAACAGAGAUCGUGUCUGCAGAUCAGUCAUUCCGACAUCUUUGUGGUGCCCACCUUCCACAGUGAGAAUCCCAAGGAUACAGUCACACUCUUCUUCUUGUUGCUCUUCGUGGGGGUUCUUUGCAUGUUUAUCGCAACCAUCUUGAUGAUGCAGAUCGAGAAGAAGAUCGACUACAAGGCGGAAGUAAGUGUCACCAAGGCAACUUGUACCCCUUUUAGUGCAUGUUACGAUUUAUCCUGAUCAUCUUGAGUCUGGCAGACUUCUGCAUGGUCUUCAUCUGCAGUUAUAUGAUCUACAUUUGGCCCAAUCUCUGGACUUCGCAUUAUUCUGCCGUCCCCCAGAUCCCCAUCAAUUUCUACGUCAUUCACGUGAGUCAUCUGGCUACUCAUAAUUUUGUUCCGACUUUUAGAUUCUUGUCCUUGCGAACUUUGUUCUGGGCUUUGUGAAUUCUUUCGUCUACGGCCCAAGAGUGGAGCUGGUCAAGAUGGAGAAUUUUAAGGGAGGCAAGAAGAGUUAUCAGGUCGCCAGAAGGUACGAGGCCCUCCAGAAUUAG